AUGAUGGAUUCUUCCAAAUCUGAGCAUUUUGGAAAACUUUGCACUGUUCAGGGACUUUUAAUAUAUGAAACUUUUGCUGAAAAUUGGGAUAAUGUGGAGGCUUUCCAGGUGAGGCCAGAGGAUCUCGUUAUUGCCACCUAUCCCAAAUCUGGUACAACCUGUGUUAGUGGAAUUGUAGACUUGAUCUAUAAAGAAGGUAAUGUUGAACAGUGUAAAGAAGAUGCCAUUUUUAAUCGAAUACCUUUCUUGGAAUGCACAAAUGAAGAGCACUUUGAUGGAGUAAAACAAUUAAAAGAUAUGUCAUCUCUUAGGAUAGUGAAGACUUAUCUGCCACCUGAAUAUCUUCCCGUCUUAUUCUGGGAAAAGAACUGUAAGAUGAUCUAUCUUUGUCGGAAUGUCAAAGAUGUGGCUGUUUCUUAUUAUUAUUUCCAUAUAAUGGUAACUGCUCAUCCAAAUCCUGGAACAUUUCCAGAGUUUGUGGAGAAAUUCAUGGAUGGAUUAGGAUAUCAGAAAAGAAGUGAUAAAAUUGAUUCAUUUCCUGGGAAAGAAGCCAUCAGAGGAGCUUGUGAAUACGAUUGUGAAUCAUACUUCAUUCCAAGAGAUGAAGAAAAAUCCAGCUACCAAUUACACAACAUUACCAAAAGAAUUUAUGGAUCACAAAGUGUCCGCCUUCAUGAGAAAGGGUCCAAUCAGCAUAAUGUCAUCAAUGUAGUGGACCAGUGUAACGUUAUGUGGAAAAGAAAGGUGAUCAAUGUCCCUGAGGAACAUAGGGCUGGAGAGUUGAUAUGCCCUUGA